AUACCAUACGCCGUAUAUACGCAGCAUUGUCGAACCUCAAGUUCAGCCCUUCAGAGAUCCGCUUCGCAACAAUUGCAGCGCUCGUACCCACAAUAUACUUCCUUCUGCCAGCUAAGAAGCAAGACUCGAUAUAACAUGUCAAAACUUUCAAUAAGUUCAUCAAGAUCUACUCAACACUACGCCCAGAAGCCCUGGUGUCAACAGCAACCCGCGACUUCACACACGCCAUCCUACCAGCCUCUCUCAACCUAACAUCACGGCCAGUCAACGCCUUCAAAGGACAUGCUGAAAAGAUCUUCUCACUAUUUGAGAGCUUUGAGAUGAUGCCACAGUCAAAUGGGAAGGGAGAUGCAGUGCAUUCCUCGAAAGAGACUCAUAUGGUUACGGCGCGUUGCAAGAUGGGUGUGAAGGUCAACGCAGAGGGCGAGAUGGGGCAGAAGUUGAUCGCUAGUGGACUCAUGGAGUGGUGGACGGAGUGUGUGCUUUUCGUGCAGAUGAGUCCGGAUGGGAAGAGGAUUGUCGAGGUUCGGGAGUUUGUGCACAGUGUGAAGGCGGAGGAGCUCAAGCAGAGGCUGUCAGGGAUGCUGAGGAAUAAGGACUAAGCUGCACUGAUGACCAUCCUAGAUUGUGAUCGCGAGUGUUCAACAGUAAGAGAACUGCAAGAGUGCUUUUUGAUACAACUUCAACAGCUCGACCGUAG